AUGUCCGUUGUGCAAACGCCACGUUUCAAAGAGCGCGAUGGCGGCAUCCCGCGCCGCAAGUCCUGCAUGGCAUGCGCCAAAGCCAAAAGGCGAUGUGAUCUAGCACUACCGACCUGUUCGCGCUGUAGUACACGGCAGCUCAAUUGCCAUUAUCCUUUUCUGAACCACGGCCACGCUUCGUCUGGGAAUCGGAGUCCACUCGACCUGCAUUCAUUUGAUGGCCUUGUUAGCAUGCCAAUGACGCAGCAACAUCAACAACAUCCACUGCCGCCGCCACCACGUUUUGAUAUAUAUGGAGUAGAUGAUAUUACUCUUUUGGUCCCACCGACCUUCCCACCUCUGCCACCCGAUGUCAUGUCCCGGAUAGGGUUUGCGUUAACGCAAUUAUUGGACGCGCCGAGGAUUAUGGUGCUUGAAAACCAGACGGCUUGGUGUCAUCCGCUGUUGUAUCGAAAUGGAAUGCCACAAUCCAUGCAAGAUGCCUACUCAUGCUGUUCCUUACACUUGACAAGAAAUGCAGCAAAUUCUGCAACAAUAACAUCAAUCAUUGAAUCUCGUAUAGCAGGACUUCUAGCUUCGGAGCAACCAGAUUCCCCGCUUGAAUGCCUAGCACGUGUGCAAGCUCUAAUUUUAUAUCAAACAAUCCGGCUCUUCACCGACGAUGUGUCCUGUCGCAUGGCUGCUGAGCUGGCCAUGCCAUCAUUCCGCUUAGCUGUGGCCGCGCUUCUACGUCACACGUGUUUUGAAGAUACCCUAUCACUCAGCGACGUCCCUAGACGCGCUCUCAUAGUCAACCGGUCCUCAUCCCCCGAAGAAAACCUUUGGUAUACAUGGAUCUUUGAUGAAUCUACACGCCGCACAAUGCUAUUAUCCAACUUUUUAACUAGAAUAUGGGAGAUUCUACGCGGCAGCCAGAAUCUGCAAUGUGAUCACAAACUAGGCAUCCCACAUUGUUGGUACAUAUCGUCGCAGCUGUGGCAAGCCCAGUCACCAUUUGAGUUCGCAUUAGCAUAUGCGCAGAAAAACCUAUUUCUAGUUUGGGAUCUAGAUUUUACGGAUUUACUGGCUUACGCGCAGCCGGAUGAUAUAGAUAUGUUUGGCAAGAUCAUGUUGACUGGUAGACUGGGGAUUGAUGCAGUGCAAGGGUGGUUCUCGGCACGGGGAGCGAUGUUUUAA